GCCCCGCUUGUCAUAGCUCCAGUGCGAUACGCUACGAUAUGUAGUGCAUGGUUUUGGCACCUUUUUUCUGUUAUGUGCAGGUGAAAGAAUUUCAGUGUUUGUUUUCAAACAGAAAUUCACAGGUGAUUUACAAACUACAAAAAUCUGUGUUCAUUAUUUAUAUUUUUGAAUGGGGAUGUAGACAUGCAAGGAAAUGUGCGUUUUGGUGGCAACUCGUGAACUGACAAUUUGGAAUUAUGUCGUGUUUUUACGAAGAUGGAGUAUAAUGUCAUAUUUUUACUGAGAAUUUAAAAUUCUUACUUUGAAUCUUGGGCGACAUGUGGGGCUACCUGCUGUAUAUUUGCACUGUAUUAUGUUUAUUGGUGCAGAAACUUACAGCCGAUUGUCAACACAUGGACCAGUUCUAUAUGAACCACACCCUAUGGUUGCCGGAUUCGUGUACCAUCUGCUCUUGUCUGGACCCAGUGUCUGUCUGUGAGAGUGUACGCUGCCUCAAUCCAAACUGUUUCUAUUCCAAGGGGGAGUACCUCCAGAUUCCUCACGAUGGUUGUUGUCCGGAGUGUGUGGGAACCCUAGCCCCCUGUCAGUACGACACCAAAACUGUCCCACACAAUACAGACUGGUAUCCUGAGCCUUGCUCUCACUGCACCUGUUGGAAUGGAGAAGUCACAUGUUCAGCAGUAGCCUGCCCCCGACAGACAUGCAAGCCCGGGACUGUGGCCCAGAGCCUGCCCGGGCAGUGCUGCCCCCAGUGCACAGCAUCAGGACGUUCAUGUGAAGUAGAUGGCGUGAUUCAUGAUGAUGGAGAGGAGUGGUCCCCCCUCCCCUGUACAAAGUGUGUGUGUCAGGAUGGGGCCUCCUCCUGUUACCCGAUACAGUGCCCUCCCCUUAUCUGUCCUCCGGGCCAGGAGAUGGAGAGAAGUCCUCACUCAUGCUGCCCUAUUUGCCAAUCUCAGAUGUGUACCGAUAACCACAAGAAAUACCAGAACAAUGAGAGCUGGCAGAAGGAUGACUGUACAUUUUGUACCUGUUUACAAGGAGAGACAGUGUGCAGGAGGAGGGACUGUGUGGACCCUAAAGAACUAGAAUGUGGCAAAAAUGAGAAAAAGGCCAAGCGGCCAGGGGAUUGCUGUAUUGAGUGUGUCAGUCGACAAGCAUCUUGUGAUUCUGAGGUUCCAUUGCGUUACCAUGGAGAUGUCUGGAACAUUUCGGCCUGUGAAUUUUGUUUGUGCGAAAAUGGUCAAGUUCAAUGUCACAAAGCCACCUGUGAACCUCUGUUUUGUGAACUGUAUGAAACCAGAGUACAUCUUGAUGGUAAAUGCUGCCCAGAGUGCAUGGAACAACCCAGGUGCUACUCCGACGGAGAUAUAUAUCUGGAUGGAGACACAUGGUACCCCGACCCCUGCUCCAUCUGUAACUGUAGGGAGGGACACAUCACAUGCUACCAGAAGCCCUGCCCAGUCUGUCCUCAGGGACAGGUCUCUAUCAUCCACCCCGGGGAGUGCUGCGGAAACUGUAAACCAUUGCAGUGUGGUACAGCUUGCUCUGUAUGCCGUCCAGACAAUCCUGACCACUGCCUGGUCUGUAAACAGCCGGGACUACUACUACAGAGGGGGUCCUGUGUCACAAGCUGUCAGGACAACUUCUACGUCACCAGAGACGCAAAGUGUGCAGAGUGCCAUGACACCUGUGCCAGCUGUACUGAGGGCUCUCAGCAUCACUGUAUCCAGUGUAAGCCUGGGCUGCUCUGGAGGGAUGGGCAGUGUGUAGCCAGGUGUGGAUCCAGCUUCUAUCAGGACGGGGGCCAGUGUCAGGCCUGUCAUGGGUCUUGCUCAGAGUGUCUCGGUCCAAAUGAAGACAGUUGUUUGUCAUGUACUAUUCCUGGUCAGUUACUCAUGUCUGGGCGGUGCGUGAAUGACUGUGGGCCUCAGUACUAUGUCAGUGAUCAAAAGUGCAUAGCCUGCCAGCCAUCCUGUCUCAGCUGUUCCAGUGAUGGGAGGUUCUGUACAAACUGUACUCAGUCCCUGGUCCUUCAUAAGGGACAGUGUGUCACCGGCUGUCCCCGGGGCUACUUCAUCUCCACCCAGGGGGUGUGUACUGCUUGUCACCCGAGCUGUAAAAAGUGUACCGGGCCCCUAGAAGCCGAUUGUCUGUCAUGCUUGGAUGGUUCUGCACUCACUGACAGGGGGCGCUGUGAGCUGGGAACCUGCGGUGAUGGACAUUACAAGGAUGCUAAUGGAAACUGUCAAAAAUGUGAGGCGGGAUGUCUGAGAUGUCAGGCGGCAGAAGACGGAGAACACACGGUCUGUCUGGAGUGUCCCCGACCAAUGGUAGUCUUUGACAACAUCUGUGUCCGCCAGUGUCCUAUUGGCCACUUCAACCAGAGCUCCAUCUGCCGCAAGUGCAGCAGUGGAUGUGUGGAGUGUGCCUCCCCCGCCCAGUGUACAAGGUGUGGCCCCUCCCUCCUUCUGUCUGAGGGGGUGUGUGUCCUCCAGUGUUCCCCCACCCAGACCAUUGACCCACUCUACAGCGUGUGCCAAGACUGCCCUGUGAACUGCCUGAGCUGUUCCACAUCAGCAGACUGUGCUCAUUGCGAUGACAUCACCUACCUCAAAAUGGGUACCUGUGUCUCCGACUGUGGGCAGGGCUUCUAUCAGGAUUCCCACUCCAGACAGUGCACAGCCAAUCACCAUAGGCCUACUUUACAAGUUCUGGGACAGAUCCAGGUGCAACAGGGAGGGAGAACUAGAAUUCCUGGCAAUAUGGUCUCCCUGUCUGAUUCAGACACGUCAAAAGAUGACCUUCAGUUGGUAGUGACCCAGCCUAGUGACAUUGGGACACUGGUCAAGGCCAUUCAAGGAAAUGAUGGGAUUUUGAAGUCAGGGGAUACAUUUUCUCUAGUAGAUUUGGAAUCUGGAAAAAUUCACUUCGUUCAUAAAAAUGGGGCUGGCAGAAAAGGUAAUAUUGUUUUGAGAGUCAGUGAUGGCCAACUUUACAGCAAAGAAAAGGCGCUCCACAUUGUGGUUAUUCCCAAACACUCGCCAUAUCUACGGAAGCACGAGUCUCUGUUGGCUUUCCUGGAUAAUGAGACCACCAUUGGACCCCAGCAGGUGGACAUUGGUGUAGACAGCUUAGAGGAUACAGUAACCAUCACAUUGUUACAGGGACCAAGUCAUGGACAAAUUGUGAACAAAGUACACAAUGUUUCUGUGUCAGAGAUCACUCUAAAGGACUGGACCAAUGAAAAACUUGCAUACAAAAUUGGAAAUUCCAAGGCAACAUCUGAUCAAGCAUUGUUCCAGAUAUUUGAUGGCUACCACACCUUAAACUUUCUGUUGGAUAUAACAAUCAGAAAACAAGAGGAUAUACUGCCAAUGAUUCUUCAGAAUAACAUGGGUCAUGUGAUCAAAGGUCAGAUGUUGCAGUUGACCUCUGAACUUUUGAGUGCAAAGGUCAUGGAUACCACCAAUGCUCCCUCUGAUGACAUCAUCUUUACUCUGUCACCUCCAGUCAACAACCCAAAAGAAGGUCAGUUGACGAUGAUUGUACAUCAGCCAGAAGAUGGGCCAGGAAGAGGCUGGGAAGAUGUAGGAGGUGGGAAAAUGUCCGCUAAAAUGUUCCGGUUUUUACAGAGGGACAUUGAUGAAGGAAGGAUCUGGUAUAAACACAUGGGGGCCUCAGCUGAUGACGACUUCUUUACAUUUGAGGUUUCUGACACAGCUAGCCAGCCCAAUAUCUUAAGAGACCAAGUGUUCCAUAUCCAGGUUAUGGAGGAGGAAGUUACCACAGCCGUUCCCACCGUCGCACCUGGAAGUAAAUUGGGAAUAUCAGUGUUGGAAAAUCAUGUGACACCCAUCAGUAGUACAAACCUGGCAUUUCAAGACAGGGACACAGAGGACAAAGAUAUUGUCUACAGCAUCGUCAAACCUCUGGCCCCGGGGGAAGGGACUAUUGAAUACGUAUCACAUCCAUUCACUCCAAUAUCAAGCUUCUCCCAGGAAGACAUCAACAAUAACAGAAUCAUGUACAGACCACCCCCAAAAGAACUUGGGGCUCAAGAAAGGGAGUUCUUUUUCACAUUUACAGUAUCAGAUGGAAACACAAAUUACACGAAGGAGGAGCGUUUUAUCAUCAGAGUUAUUCCUGUCAACAAUGAGCCUCCCCAGUUUGCGUACAGGAAUGCCCCAGUACAGGUUACAUGGGGAGGGAGUGCUCCCCUGGGACUCCCAGUCCUUGGGGUGAUGGAUCCUGACACUUCUUUGGAGGAUCUAAAGUUUACUCUCACUGUAAUGCCAAACCAUGGACAAAUGGAAAAAAUCUUGAAUUCCAGUAAAGUCUAUAUGAGACAAGGUGAUGAGUUUACUUACCACGAGAUCCAGACCAACUCCUUCCAGUACACCCAGGAUAAGUCUCACCCCGCCCGGUCUGAUCAGCUAGAGGUUACGGUCAGUGACGGAGUUCAUCAGGUGACCACUGAAAUCCAGGUGUCAAUCAUCAGUGUAGAUAACUCGGCUCCAGUUCUGUUAUCCACUGCUACCUGUAGAGUGCUGGUCAAAGAAGGAGACACUGUUGUCCUGAGGAGGACAGAGCUGGGGUUUAUGGAUGAGGAGGACAGUGAUGAGAGAUUGAGGAUCAUCCUAAACUCCUACAUCGCUCAUGGCUCCUUCAAGUACAAGGCUGCCAGGCUGCUACAGAAGGGCUCCUCCUUCACCCAGCAGGAUGUCAAUGAUGGCCUCAUCAGCUAUUCUGCAGACAAGGAGAUUGGAAUUCAGCCAAUCACAGAAGUUCUUGUUUUAAAUGUAACCGACAGCAAACAGAAUUUGUUACCCAAUCAGGUUUUGUCUAUUGUUGUGGAGCCAGUGGAUAACCAACCUCCCUCUGUUGUUGUUGGGGAAGAUAUCAAGGUGGAGGAAGGUGGGACUGUGUCUGUCUCCCUGAAUAACAUCAAAGCUACAGACAUGGACAGUUCUGUUGCUCAUCUCACCGUACACAUCAAAGUACGACCCAGCUUUGGGCGCAUAGUCUCAACAAGGACCGAAGCUGCCUCUGAAUUGGCACAAGGGCCGUCCAUUGUUUCUUCCUUCACACUGCAGGAUAUUGUAGAGGGAUACAUUUACUAUGAACAGAGUGACCACAGCAACAAAGAGCCGGUGGCUGAUGGAUUCCUGUUUACUGUUACCGAUGGCAACAACACCACGCCCUACUACAGGCUCAAUAUUACAAUCAGUCUUGUCAACGACGAGAAACCCACUCUGAUAACUGAGCAGCUGUUUGUCAGGGAGGAUAACUCUGUACCCUUGACCAAUGCCUCCCUGUACAUUGUGGAUUUAGACACGCCCCCAAGAGAUCUCAUUCUGACUGUCACCUCAGCUCCCUCACAAGGAGUUCUGGGUUUCAAAACAAAUUCCAGACACCCAUCACCGAUAAUCAAGGAACUAAUUAAAGGACAUAGAUUCACCUAUCAGAAUGUUUUGGAUGAGCUGAUUGUGUACAGACACAGUGUAGGCAAUGUGAAGGGGGACUACAUCUCCCUCAGUGUAUCUGAUGGAGACUUCCAGGCUGAAGGGACCCUGACCAUUGUGAUAGGGAUUGUCAAUGAUGAAACCCCCAGGAUGUCAGUCAACAGGGGUCUCAGAGUCAACUCAGGAUCAUCCACAUUCAUCAAGUCUAAGGACCUCCAGUCCACGGACAUUGACUCGGAGGACUCCAUGUUACUGUACACCAUCACCCAGGACUCUCCAGCAGGCCACCUACAGUACGUCAAGGGAGGCCACUCCGAGCGGAUCUCCUCCAAGGGACCAAUUAGAACCUUCCUACAGUCUGACAUCAACAGCGGAUACAUACAGUACGUCCAUCAGUCAGGGGAGAUGACUGGGGUUGUACUGUUCAAAUUUGACGUGGAAGACAGUGAAGGCAAUAAACUUAUUGAUCAAGAUUUCUUCAUAACUGUUAUAGAGGACAGACACCCUCCUCAGGUAGUAGCCAGCAGAGAGUUGACAGUAAGGGAGGGGUCGAAUGCCAGGCUCACCUCCGAGUUCCUGUCCUACACUGACGUAGACUCGGAGCCGGCAUCCCUCCAGUACUUCCUGGUAUCAGCACCUCACCUAGGUCAUCUAGAACUCACAGGCAACCCAGGUGUACCAGUGUCUGAGUUCAGCCAGUCAGACCUGGCAGCUAACAGUGUGAUGUACUACCACACUAGUCCUACCGAGGAAUACAUGGAUGCCUUCACCUACACUGUCACAGACGGAACAAAUGAGGUGACCCACAAGUUCACAAUCACCAUUACCCCUGUGGAUGAUGAAAUCCCCCUGGUGAUCAACAAUGGCCUGACGGUACAGGAAGGAGUGAGGAAACUGAUCACAGAGUUUGAACUGAAGGCACUGGACAAGGACACUGAGGAGAGACAUCUACUGUUCACCAUUGUGAAUCCCCCAGUCCAUGGCUCCCUACAGACCCGGACAGACAGUGGCUACCAUACCAUUACCAGCUUCUCCAUGGCAGACAUCUAUAACAACAGAGUCAGCUACCUACACGACGGCAGUGAGACUCAGACCGACAGCUUCGCCUUCACUGUCACUGAUGGUACCACUAAGAUGUUCUCCAUGCAGAGAGAUGGUCGGAGAGGGGAUAUAAGUGUUCCCUCACCGAAUCCCCAGAGUUUUGAUAUAAAAGUUCUUCCAAUGGAUGAUGGCACUCCAGUUUUACAUACAAAUCUUGGUCUCCAAUUCUUAGAGCAUUCUAAUGGACAGAUUGCAAACUUUAUCACCAACAAGGAGCUACUAGCAACAGAUGUUGACACUCCAGCAGACAGACUCAUGUACCAUGUGAUGCGACAGCCUCGUUAUGGGCAGCUAGAGAAAACGGAAUCACCAGGGCAACCUAUAUCUGUGUUCUCACAAGAUGAUGUGAACAAUCAGCUGAUUCGCUAUGUGUUGACUGGGGAUAUCUCAGUAGCCAAGGAUGAGUUUGUGUUUGACCUGAUGGACAGCAAGCCCAACAGAGUAACAGACAACACCUUCUACAUCUCCUGGUCCUACAUAGAGUUCAAUCAGGUCCUGAUCAAUGUGACGGAGACUUCAGGGAUUGUCCAAGUCCCUGUCAACCGCAAGGGCAAUCUGAAACAGUACUGUGUGGUAUCCUGUAGAACAGUCCCAUUAACUGCUACCUCUCAGUCUGUCUCCUCCAGACCAGGCACUCAGGACUUUGUGGAGAAAACAGGACAGAUCCAGUUUGAAGAGUGGCAGGAUUCAAAGAUGUGUAAUAUCAUCAUCAACGAUGACUCCCUGUAUGAGGGAACAGAAACGUUUUCUGUAGAGAUCUUCCAACCUAUCUACACUCUCCUAGGAAGGAAGAAUAGAGCCACUGUAUCAAUACUGGACUCUGAAGAUGAACCCCUCCUCCAGUUCAAUCAGUCUGUCUAUCACGUCAGUGAAAAUGAUGGAUAUUUUCAUGCUGCCAUUUCAAGAUCAGGUGAUGUGAGUGACAGCGUGUCUGCCGUCUGUUACACCGUCCCCCUGACCGCCCGUGGGAGCAGUGUGGACAGACUUGAAUCUGGCUCGGAUUACAUCACACGUCAACGCUCCAACAGGAACAGAGUCGUCUUUCCAGCUGGAGUCACCAGUGCUACAUGUAGCAUCAAGGUGAUAGAUGACAGCCUUUUCGAGAGUCCUGAGGAGUUUGAGUUGAGGCUCUCAGAUUCCUCAUACAAUGCAAAGAUUGGGACUCUGUCUUCAGCAACAGUCAUCAUUGAUGGCCCUAAUGAUGAGUCGAGCAUUCACUGGGCCCUGCCUCAAUACCAUUUCGAUGAGGAUGCUGGUGAUGUAGAGCUGGAGAUCAUAAGGGUGGGGUCUGACCUCUCCCACACGUCAGUGGUGUGGUGCGCCACCCGCCUGUCAGAACCACCCUCUGCCAAUCCAGGAGAGGACUAUAUACCCAGCUCUACACAGGUCACCUUCAGUCCAGGCCAGGCUUCACAGAAAUGUCACUUGACCCUACUGGACGACAGUGUAGAACCACGGCUGGAGGGAAAUGAAACAUUUACUGUGUGGCUCUCUACACCAGUCGGAAGUUCCCUAGGAAAUCCCCACACAGCUACCGUCACAAUAUAUGAUGGCCAUUUAGAUAUUCCCACCAUGGAGUUUACUUACACCGAGAUGGUUGUGAAGGAGAGUGAGAGAGUGGUGGAGGUGCCCAUCAGACGGCUCGGGGACUGCACUCAAAACUCCUCCGUCAUCUGCUACACUCGCCAGAAUACAGCUGUGGUCAUGAUGGACUACACUGAGAGACCACUCACCGAGGCCUCCAGGGUCGUGUUCCUACCUGGAGAAAAGGUUAAAACCUGUUCUGUGGGGAUUGUGGAUGACAGUGAGAAUGAACCAGUGGAAUUCUUCUAUGUGUGGCUGACUCAGCCCAAAAGUAGUGGGAAGUCAAGGGCAGCCGUCGGAGCUCAGGUCAAGGUGAAGAUCACCAUUAUUAACCCAGAGGAUGCUCCUAAAGUACAAUUUGAGCAAGUAGAGUACACAGUGCAUGAGCCAACUUCUGGGGAACACCCUGCCAUUUUGAGUGUGAGAGUGUUGAGGGAGGGGGAUGUGGACCACACCUCCACAGUGCGCUGUAGUACACGUGAUGGCUCAGCUGUAGCGGGCAGGGACUACAACGCAAAGAGUCAAAUACUGACCUUCUCCCAAGGUCAGAGAUUUGUAGAGUUUCCAGUAGAGAUCCUCCACAAUGAUGACAUUGAGUGGCAUGAAUCAUUCAGGGUCUUGUUAGGUCCUGAGGACCCAUCAGGGGCGAGCCUGGGGGACAGGGCACUUGUUACGGUCACUAUCCUGGACGAUGAAGUCUCUGGGAGUCUGGUCUUCCCUGCUCCACCCAUUGUGGUAUCUCUGCUACACCUAGAUAACCUACAUACAGAUUACAGGGAGGAACCGUCCCCAGGCUACCCCCUCGUCUGUGUGUCUCCCUGUGAUAUACAAUAUCCGUCUUAUAGCAGCACUCAUUCUUUGUGUGAACAAUCAGGAAUCGACCAAUCAGCUGUAUCAUAUCGUUGGGAGGUUGCCAUGCCAACUGAUGUCCACGGUGCUCGACCUCCCUUCGUCAUGGUAACGGACAACACUCCCUUUACAAGUGUUGACUCCAAAGUUCUUGACAGCAUCUACUUCCGUCCAUCGUUUCGUGUUCGUUGUAUCAUUCAGCCUUUACACUCAAAUGGAAAUCCUGGGAUUCCGUCAAAGAGUCACGAAGUCAGCAUUAGCCAUGACAAUGGUAUCUGUAAUUCUCCUGUCUUUAAGGGAACACCCAAUAGCUAUAGUGCACAAUCAUUUCUUGCCAAUUUACGAUAUGUUGGACCUGGUGAUAAAAAGCAUCCAAACACUGUCCAUAUUUCCAUCAAAGUCCCACAUCAAGAUGGCCACCUUCCACUGAUUUCCACCUAUCCUAUCCACAAUCUCCGCUUUCUGUUGUCUGAGCCUGUUUAUAGACAGCAACAUCUGUGCUCAAACCUCAUUACUCCCAGUGAACGCUCAGGAAUCGUAAACUCAGGAUUUUUGGACAGUGGAGAACUGGAUCCAGCAUCUUACAAUUUUCCUCAUCAGUAUGAUCCACAUUUGCGGGAGAACAAGACCUUAGAUUUGUACCACCACCUCAGCAUGAAAUCCUGUAUGUGGAGAUUUGAUGCCUGGUAUCACAUGUCUGAUUUAGUGGAUGUGUGUGGUGGAAAAAUAAUGGCAGAUUUUCAGGUUAAAGAUGCGGGAAAGACCUACCUGACUGUGGUCGUACCUUUGUAUGUGUAUUAUGUGUACGCUACAGCCCCUAUAGGGUGGGGCUCCCUCCAACAUCACACCCAGAUGGAGUUCUCUUUCUACUAUGACACCAUUCUGUGGCACUCGGGGCUGGAAACAAAGGGGACAAUAUCCGGAGAUCUGCAGGUUCUGAAAAUUCUGGUCGGCAGGGACGGCAAACUCAUUGUGGAUUUCAAAACUCAAGCCAGGUUUAGAGGUUUAUAUGUAUUACAACACCACACUCUACCAAAUGCCCACAGUAGGAUUAUCCCCCCUACAGGAAUGACAAUCAGCUUAGAUCUCACCCUAGUGUGGGGACAGCAAACUUUUGACAGUCCCCGGCAAUUUUGGAGAGCUACCUCAGACUUCAGCAUCAAGGACUACACAGGUACCUAUAUAUUGGAGCUUAUCCCCUGCACUGUUCACUCCACCCAGAUAUUCACCUCUAACCAGUCCCCUAUCCCCUGCACUGCCAACCCGCCUCAGAGAUUUGAGGUCCCUAUAGCCUUCCAGCAGUCCAACCAUCCUGUUCCUUUGGUGUACUCUCUAGACACUUCGUUCCAACUGACCAGCAAUGAAAAGUUCUUCCUCGUGGACAUUCAUGAUGAGCAGCUGAAGGAGGAAAUGAUAUAUGAUGGAGUAUUUGAACAAGGUCAGACAGUAUAUGGACGUGUUUCAUGGAAUCCAGAACAAGAUCUCCAGUCUGCGUACAAGCUGUCCAUCCAGAAAGUCUACCUCUGCGCAGGAAAGAAUGGUUAUAUUCCAAACUAUGACCCUGAGGGAGAUAUAUUUGGGGAAGGAAAGCAGUUUGGAUGUGUCCAACCAAGUCCUGAACUCCAGUUUCGCUUCCUUAUCCUAGAUAGAGGAAAUACAGAUGUUACCCAGAGAGAGUUCCAGGGGAUUCCAUUCCAUGCCGAGUUUGCCAGUGACAGACAUCCCUCUUUGGAGACCUUCUCCGGGGUGGAUGGAUUUUCCUUCAGUGUGGAUCCAUUGUACAAGGUAUCAUCAGGUAAUCAGUGGUACCUUCAGGUGAUUUACCUUAUCACCACAUCGAAGAGCGAUGGCAGUUUUCAUCGUACGAGACGAUCAACAAGUCUGUUAAGCAGAAAGGAAAGAGACACUAGUUCAGUGGAAGAUAUUCUAGAAUCCAUUGAGAAAAGUGGAAAGAAGAAUGGAACCAACAUUAGUCCUCUACCUUUGGUGUCCUCAAAAACCGACCAAUCAGAGGACACCCUAACACUAGACAGCUCAUCACACACAGUUCCCAUCAUGGCCCCGGUGUUAACUGUGCUAUUUAUUAUUGUUAUUAUAAUAUGUAUUGUGAUAUUUCUUGUGUAUCGAAGAAAGAAGAGGAAAAGACCAGAUAAUUCUAGUCAAACAAACAAUCAGUGUGCCUUGGAAAGUGCAGCUCAAAAUCCCGCAUGCCAAAGACAAAUGUCACGAACUUCUCUCUCACUCUCCCGAAUUAAUGUUAAUGUCAAAGAGAUCAAAGACAGCACAGUGUCACAAAGUGAAAGUGAAAGGACAGCCAGUGUUCAGCUGAUGACCUCAGAUACCAAUACUCAGGGCAGGAGGAAGCGACAUGCUGGAACAGAAGUUUAGUGUCCGACACUCAACCAUCCCUUCUGUUGAUAUACAUUGCACUCAUUUCCAAAUGUAGAUAGAAAAUAUCAUCAACUCUAUCCUUCUUUUAUGGGGUAAAGGUGGUUUAAUCACUCCAUUUAUACAUUUUUUUUUCUUGGUGCCUGCAAAAUACUUGUCAGCAUAAUGUGAUAACAUUUCGGUAUUAAUACUCAUUUGCACGACGUUGUGAUUGAUUUGAGAGAUGUAUGACUGGCAUAUGAUUUGUGAUGGGUAGGAGUUCAUAAGUGCAAUAUUUUUUUGAUAUUUUAUUAUUCAUUGCUAAUGUGACUAUUAUUAAAAAUGACAUACAAUGA